CUCUCUUUGGUCACUGAAGCUCCCCGCUUUAUGAUUCGUGCAGGAUCGUUUUACAACGAUGGUUGAACUUUUUCAGGAUCCCCUUUGAAGGCACUUUCUUGCAGCACCUUUAUGGCAUUUACAUUUUUUCCACAGUCAAACAAGCAGCUACAUGUGAGCAGAUACCUCUAUACGAAAGCCACUGGGACAAGGACAAUCAGCAUUUUGUCUCUGUAAAGCAUGUUUAUUCAUCCUAUCGCAUAGAAGUGCAGCUCGUGGCUGUGGGCGUGCUACUGCUACAGCUCUAACCAUUUUUCCCGAUGAUGGCGAUAGACGGCAACGAUCCGACGAAGCCCGGCACUUCCGGCGGUGGCUUUUCCGCGCCACCAAGUGCGGGCUCGGACCUCGGGAAGUACAACCAGAUGAGCUUCACGCCCCCGAAGACGAGCGGGAGUAAGGAUUACGACACCGCUGACUUUUCCAAGUUUACCAGCAGUGUGCGGGAAUCGGAUGGGCUUAGUGAUGACUACUACAGGGCUAGUUACCAGAAUCAAGCGCAAACAGCCGGGUCGCAGCCCAGCAUGCUCAACAACUUUUACAACUCGUUGCCGCCACGCGCACGGGGGUGCUUAAACGCGAUCGGCAUGGGCGCGCGCAUGGGAGCGGCGGUGGGUGGCUGUUUUGGCUUCCUCACAGGAGCCUAUGCCAGGUACUUGAAGUUUGCGUUGUAGUCCACUGUUCAAAACGGCACAACUUGUUGGUCUGAACCACAGAUGACUGAAACAGAAAGAAAAAAAUCAUUUUUCUUCAUCAAAAUCGCAGUGUGGUGCACCGCAACGUGCUUUUGCUUCCCGUUGGGGUGCUUGGUGGGGCUGCGUCUUUCGGCUUUUUUCUGGGGUGCGGCAUGAUAAUUCGCUGCGAUGAGAGAGGGAGAAUAGAAGUCGUCCGUCAGGGUUCAUUGCGAAGCGGAACAGUAUAAUCUGCUGAUUGGUUGUGAUUCUCAAGUCGGAGCUCUUUUUUUUGCGGGCACUAUUUUUUUUCGCCUCCAAGCAACGUUUUUCAAGUAGGUUGGCUGGGAAAGAAUGAGAAACUGAAUUUUUUUGGUUAUCACAGGGCGUGCGGUCUACCUACCGAAGUGGAAGCAAUGGGCUGCUACACUUUUCCAGAAAUAAUGCCGCAGCUGCGGGGGAACAGCGGUCACUCUCGCGUUCUUAUCCUUUUUGGCUCGGCGGAAAACGCACCCCGCACGGAGUGCCACACCAGCGACAGGAAGUCCAUGCGGUUUUAGAAUGUGACACAGCAGUAGAGCAAGUAGCCGAAGCCCUUCGCCGACGCUUCACUUCUAUAUCAGAGCCGCAAGAAGCGACUUCGAGUCAGUUCCUUGUCGCGACCGAUCAGAGAAGCCUGCGAGCAUCAAUACCAUCACCAAGUAGUGCGUUGAACCUCUAAGAUCGAAAUCUGACAGCGAAAAUCGCAGCUCACAGAAAAAGAAAAACAUAAUGAUUCAAAAUUUUACCACUACCGUUCUUAAAUUUCACCACAAGAAAUGCAAUGGAUGCUUUGCUCACUUGCUUUCAACUCGCAGCACAACUGCAACGAAUGGAUGCUCAGAAAGAUGUGGACAAAUUUGAAAUCAUCAAAGCUAGCCACUCUUAUGGUGGCCUGAGGAUCUUACAGCAGCUCUGAAAAUUCCCUGCGCGCUAUUCAGGCGUGAUUUCUCCCUGCCAUUCUCAAGUUACCAAAACAGUCUCACAGGAAAAGAGACGCGCAAGUGCGUG